GGUCUCUUGAUUAGUCGCCGGAUGACCUAUAACCUACCGGCCCACAAUGCACCACGCGGGACAAACAUCGCGGGAAAAGACUUCAUAUUUUCAUCUCUCCAAUAUAGGGCGACCAUCUGGGAAGCCGAGGGUCUGUACCACCAGGAUGAGAGUAUCGAGGGCCCCCUCACCAGGACCCUGUGCAUCGCUGUACCAGACCUGGAGGAAACCGUGGAGAACAUUGACGUUGAGGAUGAGGUUGUCUCUGAACCAGCCGUCGGAACCAUCACCACUGUGGAGGGAGGCUGCCUAUCAGGUUUCACCCCGUUCAGGGACAGCUGCUUCAAGGCCUUCGAAAGUCCGGUGAAGUAUGAAGAGGCAAGCAGCCACUGCAGCAGCCUGGGGGGGUUCCUGGCCCUGCCGAAAGACCAGGACACCGUCGACUUCCUGCUCAAUGAUGUGGCAGAUAGUCUGCAGAGCAUUUCAUUUUUCAUCGGCCUGAGUGAUAAAGAGGAAGAAGGAAGAUGGAUAUUUGCUGAUGGGACCGAUCUAGGUUGGAGCAACUGGGCCCCUGGCGAGCCCAACAAGCCUGGGAACGAGAGCUGCACUGAGUUGUACAUACAAGAUAUUGCAAAACGCAGCAAUGCACAAAGGGGACAGUGGAACAAUGUGAUCUGUGGACAUUGCGAGCGCCCAUACAUCUGUCAAGUCCCACUACCAGUUGUCUACGAACCCACCCUCGGAAACAUCACCAUCUUCGAUGUGGAAGAAGAUGAAACUCUAGGAGAAGACAUUGAUGAAGAUGAGGAGGAGGAAGAUCCUGAAGAAGUCUUCUGGAGGUCACCUGCUGCUCCCAAGGUCAAGAAAGAUGGAUCUUGCCGUGGCAGGGAAAGCUGUCCCCUCAGCCCCGUGUUCAUCGCUCCUCGUGGGAACGACACCGAACGUGUGGACCAGAUGUGCUUCCAGCUGACCAACAAGCGGCCGAUCGCCUCCGAGCUGGACGCUGAACAGGAGUUUGUCUCAUUCAUCACCAACAGGGUCCAGAGCCUGCAGAGUUGUUGCCAGAUGAGCGGAAAUCCGCGUGCCAAGUGCAUCAACGCCACCCGCAAGGUCCACAUCAUCGACAUGUGCGAGCGCAUCCACAAGUACACCCCCCAUGCCAAAUAUGGACUCUCCCACCCCUGCUGCAGUCUUCACCAUGGCCAGCAGCUGGAGUGCUUUGAUCAGGAGAGGUACGGUGGCUUUAACCAGACCGUGCACUCCGUAAACCGUACCGAGGAGCUGGUGAAGUUCCACAUGGCGAUGAAGAUGAUAAAACGCCUGCCCUACAUGCCCAAGAUGGCUGCCUCCGUGGUGGAGAAGAAGUGUAAUUGGAUCCUGACAUGGUCUAACCAGAGUCACAGGUCCCCCCAUGAGUUCAUGAAGGGAUACUUCAAGUCGCACAUGGUGAAGUACGAGAGUUGCUGUAAGAAGGAGAGUCUGAAGGCCAAGGUCAGCUGUAUGGAGGAGCUCCGUAGAGAGAAGGUGGACAAGUACUGUGUGGACCGCUCUCUGGACAGGGAAAACCUCACCAGUCCCCGUGCACUAGAACCCAUCAACCCCUGCUGUAACCAGCCUGGGAACGAGCGCUACGAGUGCUUCCACCAGAUCGCCAACUCCACCUGGCAGGGCAAGAACUUCACUGGAACCUGCUACCAGUUUCUCAUCAAGAACUACAGGAAGGCUCGUCAAGUCUGGCUGGACACUAUUAAGCCUGUGCUGACCCCAGAGGAGUAUGGAAUCCUGGCUGCCACCAAACUGUGGUGCAUGAGCGAAGCCAAGGAAAAGCGCACUGUGCCAUGGUUCAUCGCCUACAGCAAGUUCAUGGCCCCACGAGGCAGCGACACCGUUGCCGUGGACAACAUCUGUCAGAUCACCGCGGCAACCCUGUCUGAGGAGGAGCUUGAUAUGGAGGACAUCCCUGUGGAGGCCUUCCAGGACGAGCUGGAGGAGGAUGGGGCCAGCUCAUCUGAAGAGAGUUCUGAAGAGUCUUCCUCUUCUUCUUCCUCUUCAUCUUCCUCUUCUUCUUCUUCUUCUUCUGAAGAGUCAUCUGAAGAAUACCAUCAUGGGAGGCCAGGUUGGAGGAUGUGGAAGCUGAAGAAGAUGAUUAAGAAGGCUCCUGAGGAGAUGAAGACCAAACUGAUGCUCAAGAUGAAGAUGAUGAUGAUGAAGAAGAAGAUGGGAGGGAAGACGAUGAACAUGCGGAAGCUGUGGUUCCAGAGGAGGGACCAGCUGCAGGCCUGCUGUAACCAUGACGACCGCGAGGCAUGCUUCGAUGAGCUCCGCAGCCAGCAUGCCAAUGAGGUGUGCGUCCUUGAUGAGAUCUCUGUAAAGGCAAAGGGUGGUGUAGCUAACCCCUGCUGUCUGAAGUCUGGUGUUGAGAAGACCGAGUGUAUGGACCAGGUUAGGAACGGCACCCUCGCCAAAAACAGCCAGAGCAACCAUACUGACCUCAUCGCUCAGUACAAGACCGAGACGACCCUGCAUGUACUGAGCAACCCAGAGAUCAAGGGGUGCAAACAUGCCGACAUCAAGGACCAGGGAGCCUGCUACUGUAAGAAGAUGAACUCCUACAAGAGCCAUAAGUCCUCUAGCUCUGGCAGCUACGGUGGCAAGAGUGCGUAUGCAGGGGAAUACAUGAAGAACCUCAUUACCUACAUCUGGGGACCCAUUGAUAAGAGCACUUGUGACAUUGGGAAGGAGCUGAAGGCCUGCUGCAGCUCUGAGACUGCGGAAGAGCAGAACGAGUGUUACAUUGAGACUCGCACAGAACACAUCAACUCAUACUGUCAGAUUCUUCAGGAUGACGCGGUGUCCAAGGAGGCUGUUGAGUGCUGUGAGAAGGACGGAGAAGAACGUCUUAAGUGUGUCGAGGGACUCAAGCCUGCUCCUUCUCACAGAAAUUAUCAUGAGAAGAAGAUGGUCUACAGUGACUGGCUGUCGGCUGUUCUCGGGCAGGAUGAAGACAGCAGUGAGGAGUCUUCCGAGGAAUCUUCGUCUUCUUCCUCAUCUUCUUCCUCAUCUUCUUCUUCUGAGGAGUCAUCUGAGAUGUCUUCUGAGGAGUCUUCUUCUUCCUCUUCUUCCUCCUCUUCCGAGGAGUCUUCCGAGAUGUCUUCUGAGGAGUCUUCUGAGGAGUCUUCUUCUUCUGAGGAGUCUUCUUCUUCUGAGGAGUCUUCUUCUUCUGAGGAGUCUUCUUCUUCCGAGGAACACGGAUAUGGUCAUCAUCGUGAACAUGGCGGUAGAAGUCACCAUGGUCAUCGUCGUGGUCGUCAUGGUGGUCACAGAAAACCCCACAGUAAACAUGGCAAGCCAGGUUUCCACCAUGGUCAGCACGGUAAGGAGCUGGACACUGUUUGGGACGUGUACGGCCACGGCCCGAAAAGUCCGCUGGAGUCUCCCCUCUUCCUGGCCCCGCGAGGGACUGAUACAGAAGGCAUCGUCAUCGCCUGUGCUGCUCUGGAUGUCCACCUGAAGGUGGAGGAGGAAGACAGCAAGGAAGACAGCCACAUGAUGCAUGGCAAGAAGUGGGGUGGCAAGUGGGGCAAGAAGUCCAUGAAGCAGGGAGGCUGGGCUAAGAAGUCCCUCCCCAGCUGGAAGCCUAACAAGGAGCUGCUGGGUCAGCAGCGCGUGUCCGAUCUGCAGAAGUGUUGCUCGGCAACUGGAGAGGAGCAGGUGUCCUGCUUCAAUGCCAUGAGGCUGACGAACAUAGACCAGACGUGCCACUUCUCCAUCCCCAUGGUGGGCAGCAUCGUGAUGCCGUGCUGUCAGCUGUCUGGGGAGGAGCGUCUGUCCUGCAUGGACCAGUCCCGCUACGGAUUUGACUCACAGAUUCACAGCAAGGACUACACCAAGAACAUCACCUUUGUUCAGGGUUUCUUGCACUUCGUUCAGAUGAACAUGAUGUCACAGCGCCCCCCAGCAUUCAACGAGCAAACUGCAGGCAGCUACUGCCAGAAAGUCAGGCGUGACAGUCUGUACUCCCUGGAGGAAUCUGAGGAGCCCACCCUUCUCCGUCUGGACCCCCUGCAGAGGUUCAGCAUGCUGUCUGUCCAUCAGGAGCGCUGCUGCCGCAAGGACGGGCAGGAAGCUGCCGCAUGUCUGGAGGAUAUCCGCCAGAAGAGGGUGAACAAGCUCUGUGAGAUGUACCCGAAAGUGGACCAGUGGAUGGACACCCUAGUGAACAAGACCAACGGCACCUAUCUCCACAAGUAUGUCCAGGAGGCAGUCACCUACAUCAAGGCUGACGUGCCUGAACAUCGCUGUUGCCGUAGCAACGAUGCGGACCGCAUGUCCUGCUUUGCUCAGGAGUGGCGCCCGUAUUCCCCCGCUGCCGACUCCCGCGACUUCUCCGCUGAGCUCAGCUUCUACAACAACAAGAUGAACGACUUUGCUAACGUUGCCGUUCGCUGGCUGAUGAGCUGCCCUUAUAUCCAGAAGAUGAUGUCAUCAUUCAAGGGAGGAAAACCAAUGAUGGAAAUGUCCCCGGCCAACAAGACUGUGAAGCGCUAUCACUCCGGCAAGGACAUUGACUCUGUCUACUUCUUUGUCCCUCGUGGGGAGGAUACUAUUCGUGUGGAGGAGAUCUGCAAAAAGGUGUCUUACAUGACUGACAACCCAACGCCCCGCGUCCCGUCCAACUUCACCGUCAGCGCAGAGGUCGCCAAGCGUCGCGUGGCACAACUCGGGGAGUGCUGCUCCUACGAGAGCACCGACCGUGCCGAGUGCUUCGAUUCGCUGAGACAGAACAGCGCUGACGAAGUGUGCGAAAGCUGCCCGAAGAUGAACCGCCAUCUUCUGCCAGAGUAUCCCUGCUGUGCUGAGACUGGGAGCAACAGACUGAUGUGUAUGGAUCAGAAGACGUAUGGCUACGAUGAGGACCGUCACACUGUGGACUUUUCCGCUCAGCUCGACGAGUUCUACACCCAGAAGUUUAUACUGAAGAGUGUCAUGGAUCCCUCGAAGGCUACUGGAAGGCGGAUGAACGCAACUGCAACCAAGACCUACUGCGACUGGAAGCAGAAGAUGUCACAGAAGAAGUGCAAGAAGGUCAUGUGGGGAAUAUACAAAGAUAUGAGUGAGAUCUGGAGCAAGAAGGCAGAGUGUUGCCAGAAGGAAACAGUAGAGGCCCAGCAGGAGUGUAUGAAUGGAGUCUUCCAGACGAGAGUGGACGAUGUCUGCAUCUGGUUGGAGGAGCCCGUGUCUGACUCCAUGAGUACUUUGGAGAAGAUUGCCAGAAGCAAGCCGUCUCGAGUGUGCUGUGAGCUGGAAGGCCAGAGCUCGAGCCGCUAUGACUGUUUCGCUCAGGCGGCUGGUGCAGAGUACAACCCGUACACAGACUCACGCGACUGUCUGGAAGGCCAGAGCUCGAGCCGCUAUGACUGUUUCGCUCAGGCAGCUGGUGCAGAGUACAACCCGUACACAGACUCUCGUGACUACAGCGACAUCCUCCAGCCUUACCAUGAGGAGUACAGCAACCUACUGAAGGAACACAAUGUCCAGGAGGACCGGUGGGCUGAGGCGCUCGAGUGCUGCGCCCUCGACACCUCCGAGGAGCGCCAGGACUGCCUGGAUGGGUUGAGGGAAGAGAAGAACAACCUGUUCUGUCAGGUUCAGCAGGAGAUGGGUGGGGUUCUGGAGGGAUCCAAGAUCGAACAGAUCAUCCGCAACCAGCCCCAGCACCCAUGCUGUGUGGCUCAGCAGGAGAUGAGUGGGGUUCUGGAGGGAUCCAAGAUCGAUCAGAUCAUCCACAACCAGCCCCAGCACCCAUGCUGUGUGGAAGAGGGAGAGCUGCGUUCGGACUGUUUUGACCAGGAUGUGAACGAGUACAACCCAUACAAGCACGCCGAGGACUUCACUCAGCGCAUGCAGCAGUACGAACAGGACUUCCAGGAGUAUCUGGAUGAUAGAAACAUCAAGUUGCCCCCAUGGAUGAGAGGGGAAGACUCAGACUCUUCUGAAGAGAGCGGUAAGUACAAAUUCUAG